AUGACUAUUCCCGACGAAGUCGAUAUUAUCGUUACUGGAGGCGGAUCAUGCGGAUGUGUUGUUGCUGGCCGUCUGGCCAACCUGGACCAUAACCUCCAGGUCAUGCUGAUUGAGGCUGGAGAGUCUAAUCUCAACAAUCCUUGGGUGUACCGUCCAGGCAUUUAUCCCAGAAACAUGAGACUGGACAGUAAGACAGCAUCAUUCUACUACUCCAGACCCUCUGAAUGGCUGGGUGGUCGUCGUGCUGUGGUUCCUUGUGCUCAUAUCCUUGGAGGUGGAUCCUCUAUCAAUUUCAUGAUGUACACUCGUGCUUCGGCAUCUGAUUACGAUGACUUCCAAGCCAAGGGCUGGACUACCAAGGAACUAAUCCCUUUGAUGAGAAAACAUGAGACAUAUCAGAGAGCUUGCAACAACCGUGACAUCCAUGGUUUCGAGGGACCUAUCAAAGUCAGCUUUGGCAACUACACCUACCCCGUCAUGCAAGACUUCCUCCGCGCCGUCGAAUCCCAAGGUAUCCCCGUAACCGACGAUCUCCAAGACCUGAAAACCGGACAUGGAGCCUGUCACUGGGAGAAGUGGAUCAACAGAGAUACUGGACGUCGUUCUGACUCUGCUCAUGCUUAUAUCCACAGUACUCGUGCUCAUCACUCCAAUUUGCAUUUGGUGUGCAAUACCAAGGUUGAGAAGAUUAUUAUGGAGGGCGGCCGCGCGGUGGGCGUUAAGGUUGUGCCGACUAAGCCGUUGACUCCUGGACAGGAUCAAGCAAAGGUUUACAGAGCGAGGAAGCAAAUUGUUGUCUCGGGCGGCACCCUCAGCUCCCCACUCAUUCUGCAGCGCUCAGGCAUCGGUGACCCCGAGAAACUCCGUGCUGCUGGUGUCAAGCCUCUUGUCGACCUUCCUGGUGUGGGACUGAACUUCCAGGACCAUUACUUGACCUUCAGUGUCUUCAGGGCCAAGCCUGAUAGCGAGUCCUUUGACGAUUUCCUUCGUGGCGACCCUGUGGUCCAGAAACAGGUCUACGAUCAAUGGAAUGUCAACGGCACAGGCCCAUUGGCAACGAACGGCAUCGAAGCAGGAACCAAGCUUCGCCCUACUGAAGAGGAACUUGCUCAGAUGGACAGUUGGCCUUGCCCUGAAUUCCGCUCUGGAUGGGAGUCCUACUUCAAAGAUAAAGAGGACAAACCACUUAUCCACUAUUCAGUCAUUGCAGGCUGGUUCGGAGAUCACACUGUGAUUGCACCUGGCCGCUUCUUCACCAUGUUCCAUUUCUUGGAGUAUCCGUUCAGUCGAGGAUUCACACAUAUCACUUCACCUAGCGCUUACGACGCUCCUGAUUUUGAUGCAGGCUUCAUGAAUGACAAACGGGACAUGGCGCCGAUGGUUUGGGCCUAUAUCAAGUCACGCGAGACCGCUCGUCGCAUGGACGCCUUCGCAGGAGAAGUCACGAGCCACCACCCGUUCUAUGCCUACGAUAGUCCUGCUCGAGCCAUGGAUAUGGAUCUGGCUACCACUAAAGCUUACGCAGGACCGAACCACCUUUCAGCAGGCAUUCAGCACGGCAGCUGGACGAUGCCGCUUGAAGCCGGUACCGCCCCUCAACCCAAUUUCCUCAACAGUAACAAACAGGAGAUUCGUGAGGAUUUGAAGUACACCAACGAGGAUAUCAACCACAUAAUUGAGUGGACCAAACGCCACGUUGAGACGACUUGGCACAGCUUGGGUACGUGCUCGAUGGCGCCCAAGGAAGGUAACUCAAUCGUUAAGCAUGGCGUUUUGGAUGAACGCCUGAAUGUCCACGGUGUCAAGGGUCUCAAGGUUGCUGAUUUGAGCAUCUGUCCCGACAACGUCGGCUGCAACACCUACAGCACCGCACUUCUGAUCGGAGAAAAGGCUGCCAUGCUCGUGGCCGAGGACCUGGGUUACUCUGGAAGUGCUUUGGACAUGAAAGUCCCAACUUAUCAUGCACCCAGAGAGAUUGCAGGACUGUCCCGCCUGUGA